AUGACGUCACGGGGCGGUCUCGCCCGGGCGGAAGCCCCGGGAGAGCAUCUCAGACCUGCUCGGGUCUCACCGGCUCUUCCCCCGCGGACUGGCUUCCCCUCCUGCAGGAACGUGAGCCUCGGCUGCGCCAGGAUGGGGAACAGUGCCCUCCGCGCUCAUGUGGAAACGGCGCAGAAAACCGGUGUUUUUCAGCUUAAGGACCGUGGGCUGACCGAGUUCCCCGCUGAGUUGCAGAAGCUGACGAGCAAUCUCAGGACCAUCGAUUUGUCCAACAACAAGAUCGAGAGCCUGCCACCUCCACUGAUGGGGAAGUUCUCCCUGCUGAAGAGCCUCACCCUGAACAACAACAAACUGACUGUUCUGCCUGAUGAGUUAUGCAAUCUGAAAAAACUUGAGACACUAAGCCUCAACAACAAUCACCUGAAAGAGCUGCCAUCCACCUUUGGGCAACUCUCUGCCCUCAAGACCCUGAGCCUCUCUGGAAAUCAACUGGGAAUCCUACCACCUCAACUUUGCAGCCUUCGGCACCUCGAUGUAGUGGAUCUCUCAAAAAACCGGAUUCGGAGUAUACCCGACAUCGUGGGAGAGCUGCAAGUCAUCGAACUCAAUCUCAACCAAAAUCAGAUAUCUCAGAUCUCAGUGAAAAUAUCUUGCUGUCCACGUCUCAAAGUUCUUCGCCUGGAAGAGAACUGUCUGGAGCUCAGCAUGCUUCCACAAAGCAUCCUCAGUGACUCCCAGAUCUGUCUGCUGGCUGUGGAAGGCAAUCUUUUUGAAAUAAAGAAACUUCGAGAACUGGAAGGCUAUGAUAAGUACAUGGAGAGGUUUACAGCCACAAAGAAGAAGUUUGCAUGAUAUCCUCCAGAAUGAUGGAAAUCUCACAGGACACUGAUGGGGAACCCAAGAAUCUGGCUGAAUCUGAGGCUCCCAUUGUUGCCAGGCGGAUCUGCAAGAAGGAGACAACACUCCAGGAGAUUGUUUCACUCGAUGAGCCUCAUCCUUUUCAGGGCUUGUCCCAAGUAAGCCAAAGGAAAAGGAAUGAAGAGACAGGAAGAGUUCUCCAUUUUGGCAUGGAUAGUAAAACCACCAGUAGUUUGGCUUUAUGAGACCAGUAGCUAAACUAGUUACUAUUUAUAUGGUGAGGGAGGUGCUGCCUGGUAACAGAACAGCUCCAUACUACAGCUUGAAUUUCAUUUAGCUUCAAUAUGUGAGCUUUCAUAAAGUCGGUUGUCAUUCCACCUGUGUUAACACCAGAUUUUAUGAAAUUCAAAUAAUUUUUGAGACUGUUAUGCUUAAUCUAGGAAUUUAUGAUUUUAUUACAGCCCUUCAUUUCAAUUGCAGUGUUUAUACUAUGAACUUAGGAUGUAAGCAGAUAUGACUGUAUGUUGAAUGAAACUGUGCUUUGUCAGAGAAGCUCCACCAUAAUGCUAAGAUGCUCCCCAAGGCUGCAGUAGCAAAUUCUUAACUAUUGCAGGUGCCUUAUUGGUAGAGGACUCUGAAGAGCUAAAAUUCCAUAUAUGCAACAUUUGUAAGAUAAAAGGGAUUUUAAUAAUCAAGAUUUUCCUGAAGCUUUGGUAGAAAUAAUGUCUUAUUUCUGGUAAUGUUUUCCCUUUUUGUAUUUAUAACUCUACUAAUCAAAUUGUCUAUCAAGAAACCAUUGCUAUAAUAUUUAAUUUUAAAACUAUAUGUUUAUCAAGUGUGUUCUCUGAAUGAGAGAAUAUACUAAAAUAAAGAAUUUUUAAUGAA